AUGACCUGGAAUUGUUAUGCCCGUAUUUCCUCCACCACAACUUCAAAUCCUGCAUCAGAAACGAACAGCAUAGCCACAGACUAUGAAACCACCCCGACCACCACUCCAUCUAGCACUGCCUCAGGAUCUACGCCCACCCUGACCACCACUCCAUCCAGCACUGCCUCAGGCUCUACACCCACCCCAACCACAACUGCAUCCAGCACUGCCUCAGCAUCUACAACCACCCAGACCACCACUGUAUCCAGCACUGCCUCAGGAUCUACACCUACCCCGACCACCACUGCAUCCAGCACUGCCUCAGGCUCUACACCCACCCUGACCACCACUGUAUCCAGCACUACCUCAGCAUCUACAACCACCCAGACCACCACUGCAUCCAGCAGUGCCUCAGACUCUAAGCCCACCCUGACCAUCAAUGAAUCCAGCACUGCCUUAGGCUCUACACCCACAACAACCACCACUGUAUCCAGCACUGGCUCAGGCUCUACACCCACUCUGACCACCCCUGCAUCCAGCACUGUCUCAGACUCUACACCUACUCCGACCACCACUGUAUCCAGCACUGCCUCAGGCUCUACACCCACCCUGACCACCAGUGCAUCCAGCACUGUCUCAGACUCUACACCCACUCUGACCACCACUGCAUCCAGCACUGCCUCAGGCUCUACACCCACCCCAACCACCACUGCAUCUAGCACUGCCUCAGGAUCUGCACCCACCCCGACCACCACUGUAUCCAGCACUGGCUCAGGCUCUACACCCACCCUGACCACCACUGCAUCCAGCACUGGCUCAGGCUCUACCCCCACCCUGACCACCACUGAAUCCAGCACAGCCUCAGGAUCUACGCCCACCCUAACCAACACUGCAUCCAGCACUGCCUCAAGAUCUACGCCCACCCCGACCACCCCUGCAUCCAGCAGUGCUUCAGCAUCUAUACCCACCCAGACCACCACUCCAUCCAGCACUGCCUCAGGAUCAACACCCACCCCGACAACCCCUGCACCCAGCACUGCCUCAGCCUCUACACCCACCCCAACCACCACUGCAUCUAGCACUGCCUCAGGCUCUACACCCACCCUGACCACCAGUACAUCCAGCUCUGCCUCAGGAUCUAUGCCCACCCGGACCACCACUGCAUCCUGCACUGCCUCAGGCUCUACACCCACCCUGACCACCACUGAAUCCAGCACAGCCUCAGGAUCUACGCUCACCCCAACCACCACUGCAUCCAGCAGUGCCUCAGGCCCCUCACCCAUCCCGACCACCGCUGCAUUCAGCAGUGCCUCAGCCUCUGUACCCACCCAGACCACCACUGAAUCCAGCACAGCCUCAGGAUCUAUGUCCACCCCGACCACCACUGCAUCCAGCACUGCUUCAAACACGAUGCCCACUCUGACCACCACUGUAUCCAGCACUGCCUCAGGAUCUACACCUACCCCGACCACCACUGCAUCCAGCACUGCCUCAGGCUCUACACCCACCCCAACCACGACUGCACCCAGCACUGCCUCAGCAUCUACAACCACCCAGACCACCACUGCAUCCAGCAGUGCCUCAGACUCUAAGCCCACCCUGACCACCACUGAAUCCAGCACUGCUUCAGACUCUGCGCCCACCCCAACCACCCCUGCAUCCAGCAGUGCCUCAGGCUCUACACUCAGCCAGACCACCACUGCAUCCAGCAGUGCCUCAGGAUCUGCACCCAGCCAGACCACCACUGCAUCCAGCACUGGCUCAGGCUCUACACCCACCCUGACCACCACUGCAUCCAGCACUGGCUCAGGCUCUACCCCCACCCCAACCACCACUGAAUCCAGCACAGCCUCAGGAUCUACGCUCACCCCAACCACCACUGCAUCCAGCAGUGCCUCAGGCUCUACACCCAGCCAGACCACCACUGCAUCCAGCAGUGCCUCAGGCUCUACACCCAGCCAGACCACCACUGCAUCCAGCAGUGCCUCAGGCUCUACACCCACCCUGACCACCAGUGCAUCCAGCAGUGCUUCAGCAUCUAUACCCACCCAGACCACCACUCCAUCCAGCACUGCCUCAGGAUCAACACCCACCCUGACAACCCCUGCACCCAGCACUGCCUCAGCCUCUACACCCACCCCAACCACCACUGCAUCCAGCACUGCCUCAGGAUCUGCGCCCACCCCGACCACCACUGAAUCCAGCACAGCCUCAGGAUCUACACCCACCCUGACCACCACUGCAUCCAGCUCUGCCUCAGGAUCUACGCCCACCCCAACCACCACUGCAUCCAGCACUGCCUCAGGAUCAACACCCACCCCAACCACCACUGCAUCCAGCACUGCCUCAGGAUCAACACCCACCCCGACCACCACUGUAUCCAGCACUGCCUCAGGCUCUACACCCACCACAACCACCACUGCAUCCAGCACUGCCUCAGGCUCUACACCCACCCUGACCACCAGUGCAUCCAGCUCUGCCUCAGGAUCUACGCCCACCACAACCACCACUGCAUCCAGCACUGCCUCAGGCUCUACACCCACCCCAACCACCACUGCAUCCAGCACUGCCUCAGGCUCUACACCCACCCCGACCACCACUGUAUCCAGCACUGCCUCAGGCUCUACACCCACCCUGACCACCACUGUAUCCAGCACUGGCUCAGGCUCUACACCCACCACAACCACCACUGAAUCCAGCACUGUUUCAGACUCUGCACCCACCCCAACCACCCCUGCAUCCAGCACUGCCUCAGGAUCUACACCCACCCCGACCACCAAUGCAUCCAGCAGUGCCUCAGGCUCUACACCCAGCCAGACCACCACUGCAUCCAGCAGUGCCUCAGGAUCUGCACCCACCCCGACCACCACUGUAUCCAGCACUGCCUCAGGCUCUACACCUACCCUGACCACCCCUGCAUCCAGCACUGCCUCAGGCUCUACACCUACCCUGACAUACACUGCAUCCAGCACUGAGGCAGCCUCUACACCCACUNCUGCCUCAGGCUCUACACCUACCCUGACAUACACUGCAUCCAGCACUGAGGCAGCCUCUACACCCACCCUGACCACCCCUGCAUCCAGCACUGCCCCAGGAUCUUCAUCCACCCCGACCACCCCUGCAUCCAGCACUGCCUCAGGAUCUACACCUACCCUGACCACCAAUGCAUCCAGCUCUGCCUCCUCUUCUUCACCCACCCCGACUACCACUGGGCUCAGCAAGACCUCUGCAUCUUCACUCAGCUUGAUCUCCACUAUGACCAGCAUAACCUCUGCCUCUACAUUCACCUCAGCCUCCAUUAGGACCAGCAUAGCUUCUGCUUCUACAUCCACCUCAGCCUCCAUUAGGACCAGCAUAGCCUUUGUAUCUACAUCUACCCCGACCACCUCUGGAACUAGCACAGCCUCAGUCUCUACACUCAACUCGACCUCCAUGAGAACCAGCACAGCUUCCAGCUCCAACCUGAGUGCCACCCACACUUCCUCUAGCUUGACAGUUUCCCCUGGAACACACACUACCUCCAGCCAUACUGGGACUCCAGUGAUGGAAGUGAAGCCCAGUGGAUCCCUGAAGCCCUGGGAAAUCUUUCUCAUCACCCUAGCCUCUGUUAUCAUGGUCAUGGGACUCUCUGCUGGGCUAUUUCUUUGUGUGAGAAGAUACCUGUCUCUGAGAAAUGCUGCUGACGGAAUAUUCUACAACUCCCAUCCUGGUCCUGGAGAAUCUGCUAUGACUCCAGGGAGCCCUACCUGCUCCUGGAGGAGACCAAGAACCUUCGAUGUCAUAGAGAUGACUGGGAUAUAA